UUCAGCAAAGCUGCUGCUCACGCUGCUCUGUCUUCAGCCCCCGCACCAAGGCUCACCUGUGUGUCUCUGACCAAGGCUCACCUGUGUGUCUGCCUCCAUCCCCAGCUGUGGGAGGCAGGAUGCAGCCUGGAUUCCUGCUGGCGGCCAGCACCCUGGCAGCGGUGCUGGGCAUGGCCCUGCUGGAGGACGGCGUGUGCAAGGCACCGGAUGGCAAGAACGGCUCCCCUGGAGCCCCCGGCCGUGACGGGAGGCCAGGGCAGAAGGGUGAAAUGGGAGAGCCAGGGAGAUCAGGGCUGAGCGUGAACACCAGGGGACCCAGAGGGGACACAGGCGAACCAGGGACUCCUGGCUUCCCAGGCAUGCGAGGCCCACCCGGCGCCCCCGGCCCUAUGGGGAUGGCAGGAGUGCCGGGGCCGCCGGGGCAGAAAGGGAAAGCCAGCGACGUUUUGGAGCACCCGCGUCCCGCCUUCUCCGCCUCCAGGCUGUCCCCGCCGCUCACGGGCACCACGGUGGUGUUCGACAGGGUCAUCACCAACCAGGAGAACUCCUACAGCCCCCAGACCGGGAAGUUCACCUGCGGCAUUCCCGGGCUCUACUACUUCACCUUCCAGGUGGUGUCCAACGGGGACCUGUGUCUGAGCAUCGCCAAGAACGGGGUGCGCGUGGUCAGCUUCUGCGACAACAACAGCCAAGGCAUCCUGCAGGUGAACUCGGGCAGCAGCGUGCUCAGCCUGGCCGUGGGCGACCAGGUGUCCCUGGUCACCAACCCUGGCGGGAGCAACUCCAUUUACAGCGGCUCCGACGUCGACAGCGUCUUCAGCGGGUUCCUGGUGUCCCCAGUGACGGCCUGAGGGACUCCCACGGCGUCGGGGGGUGUCUGCCUGCCUGGCUGCACCCCUCAAGGUGUGGGGUGUGCUUUAGUGCUGUGGCUCGUGGGGAUGGUUCCAAACUGAGCGUCCAGAAGCGUUCUGUACUUCCAGCGACGUCGCGGCUGUGGGUCAGCGCUGCCGCGCUCGGCUCCACGCCGAGCCUGCCCGUGCCGUGCUGGAGGAUGUGGGCUCUCAUGCCUUUCUCCCCUUGGGCACUCAAGCUCCACUCCCAGUCGUCACCAGCUGUGGUUCUUUGCUCCUGAGCGGGAAAUCACUGCCUGCCACUGCUUCCGCUCCGCUAACCGCUGCAAAAGCCUUCCUGGCACUGGGACACAGCCUGUCACAACCUCCCCGUCAGUAUAAAUAAAUGCU